CAUUUAUAAAUUCGCCUUGCACGUAUUGUUAUAAAUGUAAAGAAAUAUAAAUAAUUUGUUAUUAGUAAAUUUUUUGUAUACAAAGUAUAAUACAAAUCAUGUCUGAGGAUGGAGAAUAUGAGACGACGGAAAAAAAUAUAAAUUACAAUGCCAUAGCUUGUGCGCAGAUUCCAGAAUUAUUUCUAGAUAAAAUUGUUGCAAAAAUAUACUUUAGUAAAUUUGGAAAAAUAAAAAGAUUUAUCUUGCGACCGAAACGUUUGAUUUGCACCGUUGAAUAUGAAAGUAAGGAAGACGCAGAAAAGGCUUUCAAAAAUGCGGGAAACUUUAAUGGUAUAGAUUUCGUAGUGUGCUACGCAGAACAUGAAGUGGCACAUGUACAAAAUACGGAAGAAUGGGUUGAUCCGGAAGUACAAGCCGAACUAGAGGCAAUGUCUCCAGGACACAGACUGGGGACUAACUUGAGACAGUCGACAGGGUUGGCAGCUCAAUUGCAAAAAUCUAAACUAACCAAUACUUUAGCUGCUCCAAAUAAAUCGCUUAAGGAAUUUCCAAAGGGAAGGCAGUAUUCACCUCAACCUGAAAUGAUAAAAGUUGAUAGUGUAGUUCGCAACGAAUUAGAAUCUAUAUUAAAAGCACCCGCUUUCACAUAUGAAGAAAAAUAUAGGGUUUUAGAGGCAAGAGAUAAAUUAAUACGUUUGACCACCGUUCGUCAAACCGAUAUAAAAAAGGCCGUGGCAGCAAAGGGAACAUGUCCUGAUAUGUGUCCAGAGAAAGAAAGACUGAUGAGAGAAUUCCAGCGGCAGGUUUCCACUUUUGAGAUGGCUGAAGAGGUAGGUAGUGAAUCCACAAUUUCACAUAAAAAGGCUGUAAAGGAAUAUUCUCGCAGUAGCGCAGACCAAGAAGUACCGCUAUCGCACGAAUUAAGAUCUGAGUCUGUUUUGCAAAUGACAAUGUUAUAUUUGGUGCACCGAAUUAUGGGAUUAUGUGAGGAUCCUAAAACUUCAUUGGGUGAUUGGUUUCAUUUUAUGUGGGAUCGAACACGUUCUAUAAGAAAAGACAUAACACAACAAGAACUAUGUUCUUUGGGAGCAGUACAAUUAGUUGAACAGUGUGCAAGAUUUCAUAUACAUUGUGCUGCACGUCUGGUAGCAGAAGACCCUUCAGUCUUUGAUAAAAAAAUUAACGCAGAGAAUUUAACAAAGUGUCUGCAAACUUUAAAGUAUAUGUAUCAUGAUUUAAGAAUCAAAGGAAUUCUAUGUCCUUGUGAAGCCGAAUUUCGUAGCUAUGUAAUACUUCUAAACUUAGGGGACUCAAAUUUCUUAUGGGAAGUUAAGCAACUACCGGAGUUCAUUCAAAAAAGUGUUGAAAUAAAGAGAUCAAUUUCCUUCUACAACGCUUUACAAAAUAAUAACUUUGUUCGAUUUUUUUCAAUGAUUAAGUCGAAUGAAACAUCUUACUUGUCUGCCUGUAUUUUGUUGGGAUAUUUUACUAAGCUUCGAGUACGUGCAAUGGACGCAAUAAUUAAGUCCCACAACUGGCGUAAAAAUGAUGUAUAUUUGCCGUUGUCGUAUUUAACUCGUGUCCUAGGAUUUGAAGAUGAGACAUCAGCCGUAAGCUUUUUUAAUCAUUACGGUCUACACUGCGACGUUCUGGAUAACAGAGUAUUGUUAGAUCGUUUAAGCAAGCCCGAUGCCGAAUACGCAAUGGAUAGAGCUUUGCAGCUUGUCGAGUCUAAACGAUUUUCCUCGGUAGGUGAAUGUGUCUUUGGUCAAACAUUACCUCCGCCAUCGAUGUUUGAACAUCAUCAGCCGCACAAUAGUUUUGAUGUAAAUGGUAUGCUUAAAAUGGAAUCUUGGACUGCAGAUGACCAAUUGAGAGGAAAAGAUGCUAAAGCGACAAUUCAGAACAAGCAGGAUCAUGAAUUUUCGACGAAAAAUCUUGCCUCAAACACUGAGUCCAAUUUGUUUAAAAUUCCACAAACUUUGGUACAUAUAUCUUCAAAACAACAAUAUCUUCAACGAGAAAAUGAGGAAGAAACACAAAAAAAUACAUUGGACUCAUUUAGUGUGAAGAAAGAAAAACUAUUUUCUUCGCCGGGUGGUUUUAAAUUUAGCGGCAAUGUUUUUGGAAGAGCGAACCCGCCAACGACUGCAAGUGAAUCUAUUUUCAAGUCCGCGGGAGCCAGUGUAAGAUCUGAACAAAUACCAAAUACUUAUCUCAAUCCAAUAUUUAAGACUAAUUCAGAUAAACCUUUAAUGACAAUGGGGAAUAUUUUUGGUGGCAUUGCUGCAACAAAUGAUCUAUCAAAAGGUACAAACAUUUUUGGUGAAGCUGCAAGGGAAACAGUGAAUAUUUUUCAACACCAAACCGAUAUUCCUAAAGACUCAUUUAAAAUGGACAAUGUAUUUCAAAGCAAUGCAACAAAUAUGUUUUCUCAAGAUAUUUUAAGUGACUCGAACAAAAUGGAUGAAAAAAAUAUUGUUUUAGAAAAAGAACUUAAAGAAAAACUAGCAAAAAUUCAAGAAGAAAAAAGAAAAGUUAUGGAUCUCGAACUGAAAAAUUUAAGGGAAAAACAAAAAAGGCAGGAAGAUCAUGAAAAACUUAUAGAGAAGCAAAAACUGGAUCAGCUUAAAAUAAUUUUACAAGAAAAAGCUGAGCGAGAAACGGAGCAAAUCGUAGUUCAAUUGAUUGACGAAGAAGUAUCCAGAAUUGCGGAAGCUGAAAUGUGUAUUUCUCAGACGGUCAAGCAAGCUUCUGAUCUCCAAAAAGAAUUAUUAAUCUCUGAAGUUGUAAAUGAAUGUGUUGAAGAUAUAGCUCAUGAAGAAUACGCACUCAUGUGUUACGAUCAAUUACUAUUGAAUCGUUACUUCAGCAGAUGGUUACUUCACUUACGCAAGAAAAAGGAACAGAGGAAGCUAAUAGAAAAUACCCCAUUAUGGGUCACCACAGAUACAAGAGCUCAGUAUGUACAAUCUAUAGAACAUCCUUGUCAGAAAAAUAACUUACAAAUGAUUAAACGUUAUCGUUUGGGACAGCCUUGUGAUUUUAAUAAAAUUCUAAGACUAGAACGAGAUAUUUUGCAGGAGGAAAACCAAAAUCCUCUCAAUUUAUUCGCAUUAGUUGGUCAGCAUUUGCUAUGCAAACGAAACUUCACAUCUUGUGGCCUAUUACAACAAAGAAAAUAUUUCAAGUUUCUUAUAACUCUUCCUGCAAAUGAAGAGGAGUUACUUGGAUUUGAAAGUUUCUCCAACAAAUGGCUAAUGAGAUUUAUAGAAAAGUCUCAAAUUAAAACCGGCCCUUUUGUUCACGGUAUUGAACAUAAUGUUGCUUUGUGUGUGCGAAAACUCAACGGCAUAAUUCCCAAAAAUGAACAGGGGGAUUUAAUGACAACUGAAGGAGACCACAACGAUGGUGUAAUCUGUUUUAUAUCUGGGAUCGAUAUUGAAAGGCACAGCCGAAAGCGUAUUUAUAACUUAUUAAAAUUAACAAAAAAUCUGAAGCGUGUUCCGUUAGCAAUUAUUGCAUACAAUUGCACCUGCAAUAAAAACGAACUGGCACAUAUCCUAGGCUUAGAUAUCCUGCAGGAGGAAGGUUUAAUACAUUCGUUUUCAAUUUUUGGAUGCCAAAUAAAUAGAAAAGAUUUCCGAUUUCGCAAAGUAUUUAUAAACGCUGUCGAUUUCAUAACAAAAGAAAGCUAUCUACUGAAUAACAAUGAAAUAAAUGCACUAGCUAUGCAAAAAGUAUUGCCUUUUCUAGAAAAUUCAUUAGGCGAGGAAAUGUGGCAACGCUGGAGUGAUUCAGCUAAAAGAAAUCCAAUUUUUAACAAAAUUUGUGGCUUUCCUGAACAUGCUGUGGGCAUCUUUCAUAAAGCGUUGGAUCAUUUAUUGCAUAUUACACAAGAAGAACUUCAAGAGAUGCCUGAAUUUCCUGAAGAACUUAAGGAAUUUGUUCCCGAAAAUACAUAUUAUAAUAUCCCAUUGGGUUUGGAGUUUUUCCCGAUCAAGUGGAAAUUAGAAGCAAAAAAAAGUAAUAUAAAACAUUUUCUAGAAAGUCUAUAUUUGCCCGCCAUCAAUGAAAAAACUCCUGUCGAUAUUGAAGAUUUAAAACUUUGGAUACUGAGUUAUACAUCAAAGUGCAUCAUAGAUGACGAUCUAGCCGCAACAAAUGCUUCUUAUGAAGCCAUAUCAAAUCUGGUCAAUCAAAUGAAACUUCAAUAUUUACAGAAUAUAGAAAUUACUUCAAGUAAGGUCAUGAUAAAUUAUUUGACCAUUUUGAAACCCAUUAUAUUUACACAUAUAAAUAGAACCCUUAGACGUUUCCAUAAAGAACUUAUAAACUUGAACGUUAUAUACUUGAAAGAUGACUUCAAAAACUACCAAGCACAACCCUGGUGGCUCAAUUAUGAACCUUUAAAUUCAGUAUCCGUUGAUUACAGUGAAGAACCUACCUGUUUACCUAAGACUCUGCAGGAGAAGAAUAAAGAAAAUUGUAUUUCAAUGGAAGCUAUUGAUGAAAUUAUAGCUAAAGCAGAAGUAACCUGUCGUAAAGCUGAAGAAAUUAAACGUAACAAGUUGACUAGACACAAAAAUUCUUCCUUGAAUUUGUCAUCAAAUUUACAGCUUAAGCGAACAUUAGAUGACUCACUUUAUCAGUUUGAAUUAUCUAAGAAAAUUGGUCAAUAUGAUACUACAUUUGUAUUAGAAUUAACUCAUGACAUUGACAAAUCAAUUAAUGAAGUCAUGAAAAACACAUCGCCGACAACACAUAAGAGAAAACGAUCAUGUUUAAAAUCACCAAAUCUAUCUUCAGAUGUGGAUAAUGUUAUAGCCAAAGCAAGAAAUUUAAUUCACAAAAUAGAAUCUAUGGAAGAUCUAAAAUGUAGAAAACGAAAAGAGCCAUAUGGUAUACAAAUGUAAAACAUACAUAUGUAUGUAGAUAAGACCAUGAUACAACCAUUAUUGUUAUAUUAUGGAUAAGACUAAAUUUGAAAAAUAAUUUUUUAUACAUUAAAUAAAUAAAUGAGCUAUUUCGGAAAGUGAAAA